ACCACUACACCACCGUGCCGCCCAACAAGAAAAAUAUUGGAGAAAAUAAACUAUGUAAUUAUUGAUGAUACAGUUUACAGUAGUAUUCAAGUCACUGUGCAGUGAUGCAUUAGAAUUGUGGGAAAGUUACUGUAAGUAAAACAACAAUACAAUUACAUUGGUAACUCAUUCUGUAAGAAAUACAUAAGGCAUACAUUACGAAUGGUAAUACAGUGUUCCUUUGAAUUCUAUGUCUAGGAUUGGAUGACAACCUCGCAUGGGUGGCAGAGGAAAACUUCUCAAUGAACAAGAACAAGAGAUCUGUAACAUGGUGAUGGCAAAUAAUGCCAUCACAUUGAAACAGAUCCACACUACAAUCUGACAAGACAAUGCCAUAUUCCAAAAUGUCAACUUUAUAAGCAUCUCCACAAUAGACCUGAUAUUGAACAAGCAUCAGAUGACCAUGAAGCAACUUUACAGGGUACCAUUUGAGAAGAACUCUGAUAGAGUACCAGUAUGUACAUAGAAUAAUGGCAUUGGAAGGAAACGAGACCCCUCACAUCCUCAUGUUUGUGGAUGAAGCUGGCUUCAACCUGGCCAAGGGCCGAAGACGUGGCCGUAAUAUUAUUGGCCACCGGGCCAUGGUGGAUGUCCCAGGCCAGCGAGGGGGCAAUAUAACUAUGUGUGCUGCCAUUUCUGAGAAUGUUGUGGCCACUCACAUCCCCAGUCUUGGCCCAUACAAUACACAUACGCUCCUCAUUUUCUUGGACCGCCUUUAUUCUGAUUGGAUCCCUGAAAAUGAGAGAGGUCUUGUAGGGCCUCACCUACCAAACUAUGUCAUUGUGUGGGACAAUGUGAAUUUCCACCAUGGCCCGCUCAUCAGGGCCAGGUUCACUACUCAUCCAAAGAUAGUCAUGGUGUUCCUACCACCUUACUCUCCUUUCCUCAAUCCUAUUGAGGAGUUUUUCUCCACUUGGAGGUGGAGAGUGUAUGAGCAUCAGGCUCAAGAUCAGAGGUCCCUGCUCCAUGCAAUGGAUGCUGCAUGUGAAGAUAUUACAGGAGAUCAAUGUAGGGGAUGGUUGCGACAUGCAUGUUGUUUCUUCCCUUGUUGCAUCGCAAGGGAGAAUAUAAGCUGUGAUGUGGACAAGAAUCUGUGGCCAGACAGACAGCAGCGUGUGGAUGGCCAGGAGGGUGAGGAGGAUGGCCAGAAGAGCAAGGAUGGUGGCCAGGAGAGGGAGGGUGAGGACGGCGACCAGCGAAUAAGUGUUAGUUGUGAAACUCCAUCUUUAUUUACAGCACUGUAGGCUUUUUGUUUGUGUUUAUAUUACAGUAUAUUAUGCUGUAUACAUUUUCUUUUUACUCUGAUGUAUGAAAGUUACUUUAUGUGUGUGAAUAAUAAUGGUUACAAUUUCCUUAGCAGUAUGAGUGCAAUGUGUGACGUCAAACCUUGGAGGCUACUCUUACCGUAAAAUCCUUUUUUUUUUUUUUUCAGUUUUAUACACAAUUGUAUUCUGUUAGCUUGACAAAAAAAAAUAGCACAGUAACCAUUGUCAAUGAAGGACUGGGCUAAGACUGAGAGUUGGACAUGAAGGAUAUUUCAGUGGUCCUCUGCCAUAGUGACAAAACAUCUAAACAUUUUGACUUACGGUGCUUACACAAUGCCAAAGGGAUGAUGCAUUUUGGGGGCAAUGACUAUUUAUAUGAGAAAGGAAUUUAGUUUUGACACGAGUGGGCUGUUUUGGGAGAGAUAUGAACUUUUGCAGGUGAACCAUGGUGUUGUGCUGAACCAUCCAGGUUAUUUUGGCAAAAGCACCAAGAGUGUUGAGAACGUCCGGUCUGUUUCAAGAAAUGAGCCAAAGCAAUUGAGAAGGAUCUUUGCGAUUUUGUGGCACUGACUCUUUAUAUGGGAAAGGAAUUUAGUUUUGAAGCAUGAGUGAACAGUUUUGGGAGAGAUAUGAGCUUUUGCAAGUGAGCUAUGGUGUUGUGCUGAACUGUAAGACUGUUUUGCCAAAUGAUCUUAGAGUUUUGAGAAUGUCAUUUCUUUUUCAAGAAAUGAGCCAAACCAAUGUCGAAAAACUGUAAUAUACUGUACCAUAGCAACAUGUUGUAUAUAUUUAGUGUGUGUUUGGUUUACUCAGUGGUAAAAUAUUAAGAAAGUUCUACUGGAUAUGAA